AUGGUUCUCUUCCGCAGGGUAGCAAUAUACAAUUACAUUGUAGUCUUUGUUACUGUUACAGUAGCAUUUACUGUCCGCAGUACUGAAAUCCGCGGUGCGAAAGGCAAUUCUUUGGGUGCGAAAUUAUGGUCAAGAGAAAACAAGGGAGAUGACAGCGAUAGUUAUGAAGAUUCCAAGCAGUGCACUCUCACACAAGUGAUAUGUGAAUCAACUACAGAAAGUUGCUUCGAUGACGUUGCAACAUUUACUCCCUUUGUGAGAACAGUUACUAAUGGUCAAGGCUCAAUUUUCAAUAUUCCCACAAGAGCUCCAGUCUUUCUAGUUAUUACGGAUAUAGUAAACGGCAACUCAAUUACCAGAACUGUGACUGAAGGCCAGAAGACGCAAUAUUCAGUUCAAACUGCUUUAGCAGCACCUGUACCAUCGACAACAGUAGCUGGUACCGUAACCAUUACUGACGUUAUAAAUGGAAUGACUACCACCAGAACUGUUACAAAUGGCGCUGGCAUAACUACAAAUGGCGUUGUGACUCCUUGUCCUUCAGUUUCUUCUACUCGUGUGGUAAUCGUUGACACUAUUGCUGGAAGAGUAUACACAAGAACAGUUUCAAACGGUGGUGGCACAAGUAUAGGUGAAGCCGCAUCUUCAUGUCCAACGACAGGUUAUGGUACUGCAACGAUUACCGAUACUAUUGAUGGACAGAUAGUUACAAGAACCGUCACCAACGGUGGAGGUACAAGCACAAAUGGUCCAGCAUCAACAUGCCCAACGGCAGGUUAUGGUACUGCAACAAUUACCGAUACUAUUGAUGGAAAGGCAGUUACAAGAACUGUCACCAAUGGUGGAGGUAUAAGCACGAAUGGUGCUAUAACAAUUACUGAUACUAUUGAUGGACAGAUAGUUACAAGAACCGUCACCAACGGCGGAGGUACAAGCACGAAUGGUCCAGAAUCAACUUGCCCAACAACAGGUUAUGGUACUGCAACAAUUACCGAUACUAUUGAUGGACAAACAGUUACAAGAACCGUCACUAAUGGUGGAGGUACAAGCACAAAUGGCUCAGCAUCAACAUGCCCAACGAUAGGUUCUGGUCCUGUAACAAUUACCGAUACUAUCGAUGGAGAGACAGUUACAAGAACCGUCACUAGUGGUGGAGGUCUAAGCACAGAUGGGCCAGCAUCAAUAUGCCCAACGAUAGGAGGAGUGGAAACCACUGCCUCUUCUACUGCUCCUUCAGAGACAUCAGAAGAUUCCUCACCUACACCAACCUGUAUUCCUUGCAGCUUUACGGGCUUUCAAUGCGAAAAUGUAGGAAGUACUGCGUGGUUCACCAUUUGCCAAGGUGGCUGUACAGUCCGAUCAAGAUGUGGUGCUGGAAGAGUUUGUGUCCCGAACAAGGAUAUACUUGGAUAUUGCCCUUUCAACCCAACUACCUAUUGUGAUUUUACUGGUCUCAAUUGCAACGCCCCUGGUUCACAACCAUUUUAUGCAACCUGCACCAACAACGUCAUUGGAUUUGGAAGCUGUGCCAACGAUCAAGUUUGUAAUCAAGCUGCUCCUGAUCCCGUAACUGGACAAGCCAUACGAUGUUCCAAUGCUCCUUCCUGCAGCUUUACUGGGGACAGAUGUGAUGUUAAUCCUCAUUCUCCUUGGUGGUACAGAUGCCUGACUACCCAAAUGGACCAUUUUGAGGAUUUGAGCAAAUGGAGAGGAACUUCAACCUUACCAACUUUAUUUUGGAAGGUCAAUUUUCGUGACGAAACAAACAAACCCGAAAAAAUCUGGAAAAGUUGCCACACUUGUCAAAAACUAGGUUCUUUGACGGUCGAAGACUGGGAAUUGGGGAAUAUUUCAUUUACUAUAUCAUAUGAACAAGUUUACAUUCAGACCACGGCAAUCUUCCAAUAUGUUUGCGAGCAAAAAUAA